CUUAGAAGGAGAAAAUUUAGUAAUUUGUUGAUUUGUUAAUAGUUAAUAUUAGCAACUGCGUCAUUAUCAACAAGAUUAAGCGUAGGAGCAAAAGGUGGCCCGUGCAUCUCCGCAAAGGCUGAGGCGCACCGUCAUUCCUCGUUGAUCUGUCCUGUCCAUCUGUUCGCCAUGUCGACGAUGUGAUAUCGACAAACAUUAGCUGCGAUGGUGUCACUAUGGCCCUGGAAGGGCGAGGACAAUUCACCCGCAUCGUUUGAGAAGACGCUCUCUACUCUUUCCACCAAGAUCAACGAGUCGACAACUCGACUCGAUGCGACCCGCCAGCAGGGCCGCCGUUUUAAAGCUCUCUGGACACUCUACUCGAUUUUCAUAUACCUUCUAUAUACCACGAUAGACGUUCUAGUCCUCGGCUGGCAGAACUGGGGUCCAUGGGAAUAUGGAGCUGUCCUAGGCGGGCCGUUUGUUGUUUACGGGGUUCGAACACUUGGAGGCCGAGUCUUCGAGUAUCGCAUUUCAAAAACCCAGCGUUACUUAGACGGGUUGAAAAUCCAGCGCGAUCAGACGAUUGAGAAGCUCAAGGACGCGACAAAAUACAACUCUACCCAACAAUUACUUGAAAAAUACGCCAGCGACUCGUCGCAGCCGAAAACACUCAAGAAUAAUGCAAGUGCCACCAAGCGGAAAGACAAUGGAUCUAAGGCAGGUCCAGCACCUAUGACAGAGAGGACUGGGAUCCCUCCCCCUCCAACUGCAAAUAUCCGACGCCCUCAGAAUGAACCACCUGUAUCACCACCCACAAACUCCCCGCCGAGCCCUCAUCCUCCCAAUUAUGUCCAAGGGAAGCCUCUCCCACCGCCACCGCCACCGCCACAAAUCGAUCAACCUGGGUUUGCGCCAAAUGCGUUCCCUGCACCUCCCCAAUACAACGAUGGACCGAAAUGGUAUGACCGAUUUAUGGAUGUUUUGCUGGGAGAAGAUGAAACUCUUCCCAAGAACCGACUUGUUCUGAUAUGUCAGAACUGUCGACUCGUCAAUGGCCAAGCACCCCCCGGUAUAAAAAACCUCGAGGAACUUGGCCAAUGGAGAUGUGGUGGCUGCGGCGCGUGGAAUGGUGAGGAGAGCGAGGCCAAGAAAGUGCUCGAAACUAUCAAGAACCAACCGCCAGCCACAGAUAGGACAGAAGACGAAGAAAAUUCCUUGGACGAAAGCACGGACGACGUCGUGUUGGUUGAAGACGCAUCACAUGAUGAGAAGGAACGGAGUGGCGACGCUGAGGAUGACGAGCCAGAGCCGGAAUCUGCCCAAGAAGAGCCCGAGAAGCCGUCUACCAGAAAAAGAACGCAAAAUAAAGCGAGGAGAGGGUAGCUUUGACAAAAUUGUCGAAUUCGGGUAGGAAACAUUCAUUUUUAGCCUUUAGCAUAUAUCUUAGUUGUCCCAUUCUCUAUUCGGGGCCGAAUAGCUAAUCAGCAUGUAAUUCAAUACAAUGUUCAUUCAUACCAAUACUUUCUAUAAUG